AAACCAAUCUAUCAGUCUGGGUAUGUCCCACUCCUCCGUCCUGCCUGGGGGCCCCGAGGCUCUGUCCCUCCUCCAACAGCGUCUGCUGCUGGCUGAGGAGGAGGCUGAAGCUCUUAUUCAAGACAUGGGGGCCCUGGGAGUUUCCAGGGACCAAAUCUUGGGAUCUGUACAGAGAAGGGAUGCCACUCAGAGGCCUGGAAGUCCUCUGAAGAUGUGUCGGGGCCAUGGGGUCGAGGGCCCGCUGUGGCAGCAGAGUGACGCUCUAGUCAGCCGGGUGUGUCGUAUGGAAAGUCUGCUCCAGACCCUCAAACUCACCGUCUUCCGCCUGGAGACUGAGAGAGAGCUGGAUCCGUCUCACACGGCUCAUCUGAAGCAGCAGCUGGCGGCGCUGCAGCAGGAGAGUGAGGAGGAGCAUCAGGCCUCCAGGAGGGAGGUGAUCCAGCUCAGGGAGCAGCUUCAGCAGGUUUGCCAGGAGAGAGAUGAGGCUCGCAUACAGGUGCAGAGGCUGGGAGAGGCUGUGGGGGUAGCCACGGCUGCUAAGAUGGAUGUGGCUUUGGCUGCUGAGGAGCUGAAGAUUGUCAAAUCAGAGAUGAGUCACAAACUGAUGGAGAUGAAAGAGCAGAUGAGACAGGAGUCUAGCCGCUCCGCUGAAGCCAUGAAACCUCACAGCCAGCUUCUCCUGCGCUUUGAGGAGAUGGCGAGCGUGUUGGAGAUGGAGAGGAGACAGGCUCUGCUGCUGCAGUCAGAUUGCCAGGUCUUGCGUGUGCAGGUACAGACGAGUCGGCAGCAACUGGAGGAAGAAAGAGACAGAGGCAGGCAGCUGGAGGAACACUGUCAGCUGCUCAAAGAACAGACAGCAAUGAAGGACUCACUUGCGUCUGAGUUGAAAACUGAACUGAAGGCUGAGAGGAGUCAUGUUGUCAAGAAACUGCAGGAGGAAGCCCUGCUGCUGGAGGCAGCCAGGCGCAGCAUCCACACUGAGCAGCAGGUGGCGCUAACAGAUAACGUUAGUCUGCAGCUGGAGCUGGAGAAGCUCAAAGGCGAACAUGCACAGAUCCUGCAGAGCUCCUCCAUUGCACAAGAGACAGCAGCCACUAAGAGGGAAAUACUGGAGCGGACCAUUGAGAGGCUGCGGGGGGAGCUGAAGACGGCCAGAAAAGAAGAGGAGGCAGUGAGGAAAGACCUGGAAGGUUCAAAAAAUGAGUUAUGUCUUGUUGUCACAAAGUUGGAGUGUGAGAGGAGCAAUCUGGAGGUCCAACUCAGUAAGGCCAAGCUGGAGGCGGGAUCUCUGAGCUCAGCCUUACAAAACCAGCAGGAUGAGAACAGGAGGCUCAUGGGAAAGGUUGCUGCUUUAGAGCAACAGCAGCAUGCAGUGCAGCAGGUGGACCAGAUGUUGAAGGAUCCAACUGACAAGAACAAACCAGCCUAUGAGAAAGGCAAACAUAAGAUCAAUGAGCUGGAGGCCUUGCAGGGUGUCUGUGGUCCUGUUGUCUCUCAAACUCUUGAAAACAUCCUGGCCUCCCACACAGGACUGCAACUCAACAGUCAGACCCUGCAGCAAGUGCUGGGGGGGCGAGAGCAGGACAGGCUGCAGGCUCAGAGAGAAAUCAGGACACACCAAGCAGAGGUGGAGAAACUCCAGAGACUCCUCACAUCUACUCACUCCAAAAGCACCAGAGAUCUGGAGUCCUUGCAGAAAGCCUCAGAUAGAGCCAAAGUGGACAACAAGAGGCUGGCCCAGAGUUUGGAGCGGGCUAUGUUGACCAACAGCAGUUUACACCUCAGACUGGAGCAGGCCAGAGACCAGUAUCAGGCUACCAUCACACUGAGAGACGAGGACCUGCAAGAGGCUCGAACAAAGAUUCACCAUUUGUCUGAAGAGCUGGGCGCUGUAAAGCUGCAGACCAGAGAAGACUAUGAAUCCUCCAUGAAGACACUGCAUCGAGAAAUCUCAGAGCUAAAGCGUACAGUUAAAGACUCGUCAACAGGGUCAGGUGACCUGUCCGAAGCCAACCAGGAGCUCCGCCAACGGGUGUCCGAGCUGGAGCGGCUGGUGUCCAAACAGAAAGCUCGUAUCAGAGAGCAGAGGAGUCAGCUGAGGCAGCAGAGGAGCAGAGGUCAGCAGGAGUCUGGAUAGAUAUUCAGUCUGCUUUGUCAACAGACAUUUGAUGAGAGAAUCAGAAAUCUGCAUGAGAAAGAGCUGGCUGACAGCGAGCACCAGGGGGUCAGGAUGGAUUCCCAGCAGGUUUUGCACAAACGGGAGUCAGAUUUGGAGAGGUGGACUUCUACCAUCCAGCGGUGGGAGAGCAAGAGAGAGCUGGCUCACAUCGCUGGACGACCCACGCCUGUGAGGACACAGCUGACAACACAAUCAGACUGAUAAAAACCAACACACACACAAACACACACACCUGAGCACAGACUAAAGCAACAUGACACAGUGAUCCUUUGUAUUUAUUCAAACAGUAAACGAUGACCAACAGAGAGGAAGAGAUAGCAGCCAUGUGUGAAAUAGCAGCUAUAGAGUCAGACGUGUGUGUGUGUGUGUGUGUGUGUGUUCUUGUACUUCCUACAUAGUGAGGACCAGAACACGUUUUUAACCAACAGAGUGAGGACAUGUUUGCAAAGUGAGGACAUUUCGGCCGGUCCUCACUUCUUUAAAGACUUUUUUGAGAUUUCAGACUUUGUUUUAAGGGUUAAGGUUACAUUUUAAUGAUAAUUAACUGAAAC